AUGAGCAAGCGUCGCAACAGAAUGGAGGAGCGCAUCAUCGAUUUUGGCGAGACUUACCGCUGGAUAUUUAAUCCCCCAGAGGAGAUGAAAAAGCACAAAUUUAUUGAUUGGCUUCAGACCGGCAAAGAUAUUUUGGGUCAGUGGAAAGCCUGGAUCCGGAAAAUCUACACUUAUGGAUUUGGUCUAUCACGACCUUCAAGCAGAAGGGGCUGGCCAUGGCCAUUUGGAGGAGUGGGCAAGACCCCACUGUGUUCAAGUGCUCAGCUUUUGGUUCUACAGACCAGCCUCGAGCGAUUUACUGAAAUCAUUGCAAGGUUUUUGGAGAUCACAUUGCUUUCAGAUCCUCGACACGGACGAGACUCUUGGGGAUAA